GUUACACUCCUUAAUCUUUUACUUUCAAUUACUUACGCAUGAAAAACCAGCUUUCUCGGUCUUUCAGGUCGCACGUCGCAACCAUCGUUACUUCUAUGCUGUGCUCCGGCGUAUUAGAUGCGGCUUGUUACCUGAAAUCUAUCUAUCCGCUCUGAUUUUCAUGUCUUACUCUCUUCUUUUCGUGGUUUGCUUAGAAAACAAAACUGCAAUUUUAGCGAAAAUUAACGUAGGGCGUUAUUUGCAGUUUAUCGUACUUUGCAAACGGUGGAAAAUAUUGCGAAUUUUUCGCCAUUAUACGGUAGAGCACCGCCUGUUUGCUGCGUUUGGCAUGUUUGUGCCUGCAUUCUUUUCCAUUGCCCCCAGAAAGCUCUUUAGGUUGGUAGUCCAAUUCGUUCGGUUUCCCCCCCUAGGUCACGCGCUGAGUUAAAGCACUGUAACGAGUGAUCAAAACUAGUUCGGUGUAUGGUUGAAUUUGAAUCGUUGUUUCCACCCCAUCUUAUUUCCGUCUGCCUUUCAGAACGACAUUCCUGCGCAAUUACUGAAGGAGGACAAGGACCUGAAGAGAACAGUUGACUAGCCUACGUGUUGCGUACUAGAUGUUACGUCUCAAUCCUUGAAGUUUUCCCUUGUCGGUAUAUUAUAAUUGGCGACCCUUCCAGGAUACAGGAGCGAUGCAGAAGUCAACCAGUCAGAGUGAAAAUGCAAAUCAAAAGCUUGCUAUUUAUCCCGGUGUGAGAAUUUCUGGCGUCUUGGAAUUACUAUCAGAUGCUUUGUAGAUGUCUACGAAUCCGCUACCGACCGCGUCCACAUCUCUGCUACCGCCCCCGAAAGAGGUUCACUGGGAAUGUCUUACUCAAGAUGGGAAAAUGAAGUACAACUUUACCUAAAGCACUUCUCAGUUCCGCAACACGGUACCGUCAUUGUGGGACUGCUGUCAGGAGGGGCUUUCGAUAUCGUGGCUGAUACUAAGCUCCUGGAAAAAAUGGUCACCCAGGAAACAUUUGUCUCGCAUCGGCACUUACUGGACAGGCCCGGCCUGCCCGCUGAACUUCGGCGAGAGUACCACGCCAAAUACCAGUGGCCGGCAGAAUCCAUCGGAGCCUAUAUACGUGACCUACGCAGGAUGACAGAAACAGCUUUUGCGGAAGAAUGGCACGCAGAACGCGACAAGCACACCCUGGAACAGUUGCUUGAAGGCGUCCAAACGCAUUCUAUUAAGAAGGAAUUCCACGUUCGUCCCCCCGAGUGCCUGGACACAGCCAUACAAAUGGCAGCACAGUUGGACCAAGUAGAAGAGGCGAUGAGAACACAGACCUGUUGGUGUGGUGCCUUGAGGGGCACAAUCAGCUCAAAAGUAUACCGUUCGGAAAGCGAACAAAGCAAUCUACCUUCCGCCGGAGAUAAGGCAAGCGAUCGACUACUCAGUGUGAUUUCGGGAGGCAACGCUAUCAGCCACCAAGGCAGGGGAAUUACGGACCACCACGCAGCAACAGACCUUUCCAAGGUCAGCGUGACUGUUCAACAUCCAAUAUCAUAUACACUGUUAUCUGCACAUCGGCUGCAAUGUCAACAGAAGUUACGAUGGGUCACGUAUGUAGUCCAGGUUUCAGCAUUCCGGCAAUCAUGGUGAUCUCGCCAUGCCAAAUCCCUCCGGGACAUACAUUUACGUGUCCUGCUCCUCAG